AGAUUACCUAGGAACGAGUGCUCUAGGAUUCUAAAGCGAGCGACAUUACGAAUCUUCAUUAUUUGUAUCGUACGCGUUACUGGAAAAUGGAUCGAACACCUUAUCAGCGCAGGUAGAGACGAUGCCAGCCACGAAUGACAAAGUUUCUCCAGCUAGUAAUAAAAAUACCGUGUUCGUUGGCAGAACUGAUUAUCGUGUUGAUGGAAACUUUCCCCAUGCUGUGUACUGGUGCACGUUAUGCGAGUAUCACAUAUCUAGCAUACAACAUGUGCGAAGUCACUUUGAGCAGCAUGAGCAUUUCGCGGAUGAAGAAGCAUGAUUUACAAAGCGCUUGUGAUCUAUCGACAAGAACAUGAACGAAAUCCACGGCUUACAGUUUAUGAGCACGUUUCUUUCGUUAGUCAAAGUACCUGUACUACUUCAUGACUCUGAUCAAUGCGAUCACCAAAACUGCAUCGGAUCCCACAUGUUCUACGGGUAUGACCUCCAAUGUGUCUUUACCUAAUUUUAGAUAGGUCAAGUAAUUGUUCUGCAUGUAAUUUGUAACUUUGUAUCAAUUUCCAAGUUGCUGAUAGUACAUUUUAGUCAUAUAAUGCGUAUCCUGUACUUAUUUCAUCUCAUUUUAUUGCCUCCAAGAGUCUUAGUCUAGCAUCAAGCCAAGCUUGAUGCCGUCCGGGUCGAAUUGCCCAUUGUUCUUAUUCAUUUUGCAAAAACGUAAGUACGCGAU